AUGUGCAGCUAACUUCAUGCUGGACAAAAGCGUUUUUAUGGGAGCCAACCAGUGCGUUGUUUGUUUAUAAAUAAACAUUUUUAAGUUAAGAUAUGGUCUCAACGCGAGGACUGAAACUAAAAUUUUUUGAAGGCGAAAGGGUGUUGUGCUACGAACCAGAUCCUACAAAGGCUAAAGUUUUGUAUGAUUCAAAGGUACUGGAUAUUGUUAUCAAUAAGGACCAUAGAGGAAGAAAGAACAUAGAGUACUUGAUUCACUUCCAAGGCUGGAAUUCUUCCUGGGAUAGGUGUGUUGGAGAGGAAUAUGUUUUAAAGGACACCCCAGAGAACAGACAGUUGCAAAAAGAUCUGGCAGAAAAAGCACAAUUACAACUGGGAGCAUAUUUGUAUAGAAAGGAGAGGAAAAAGAACAGAAAGCCUGGUGAUAGAGCUUCUGCUUCAGAAGAUGGUGGUAGUUCUAGUAGUCCAGGAAGAAUGGAUACAGAUGAUGGUCAUGGUAUAACCAGCACUUCAGAAGAUGAUUCCUCUACUGAAGAUGAAGCAAUUUACAUAGAAUUAACUGCGGAUCUUAGAAAAAUAAUAGAAAAUGACUAUUACCUGAUUAAAGAAAAAAAUAAGUUAAUGAAGUUACCAGCAGAACCAAAUAUUGCAACUAUUUUAGAAUCUUAUUAUAGACAUUAUGCAACCAAUCAGAUCUGUGGACUUACAGAGAAGUCAACUGGGAGGUAUAGAACUCAAUCAAUCAAUCAGAAUAGUGUGAAACCAAAGCCUGAAGAUAUACAAAGAAAUUUGGCCAUAUGUAGAGAAGUAUUAGAUGGUUUAAGGAUUUAUUUUGAUUUCACAUUGAGCGACUUAUUAUUGUAUAAACAAGAAGUUGGUCAAAUAGCAUUCAAACAGGCUGUGUCUCAACUAGAUAAUGGUGAUGUGAAGAUGGAACUGAAAGCGGAAGAUUUGAAUAGCAAUCUCAACAAUGGUACCUACCUCACAGAAAAUGGCAACGACAGUGAUAAAAUAACAGCCCGACGACGGACACUGAGAUCCAACAGAAGCGAUUCUCAAGCAAAUGGAAACGCAUCCCCAAGAGAAAAUAAUUGUAAUAAUAACACCCCCAAACCAGCUUCAAGUGUCACCAGCAGCAAUUCAGACGUUGCAGGUCCUUUAUCCAAAACAUUGACGUGGAAAAUUCUUCCUGACCAUGUAUAUCACCAGCAGCCUCCUGCUCCUUGUUUGGUGUACGGAGCGACGCAUUUGCUCAGGCUUUUUGUGAAGUUACCGGACCUACUUACUUCCACAAACAUUCCAGAUGAAAAAUUGAAGGUUCUGCUUAGACAUUUCGAUUUGAUAAUAGGGUAUUUAAAUGAACACACCGAUUGGUAUGGAGAACAACACUACAUUGACGCCUUCUAAACAUUUUAGAUCUUAGAAACUACAAGAAAACGUUAACGUGUGAUAUUAUUUUCGAAUUAUUUAUUAGGUAUACGUUAUAGUAUUAGUAGUUAAAUAGUCCUUAACGAUUUGAGAGGAAUUAGUUAGUUUUGAGCAAAAUGAUUUAUUAAAAUUACGUCAAGAGCCGGAUAACUCAGGCGGUAGGAUGUCUUACUUUCACGCAGGUAGACCGGGGAUCGAAUCCCAGCACCGGCGAGAACAUCUAAAACAUUUUAAAAAAUGUCUAUAGUUCCCAGGUCGACUCAGCCUGAAUAGAAUGAGUACGUUUUUCAAUACCUGAAUAAAAUUAGUACAUAAAUAAAACUACAUUAAGUCAGAUAUAAUAAAAUGGAUCCAACAAAAACCGCUGGUGUUGCUAUAAAUUAUGGCAUUCUGUGAACGGCCGUAGCUCAACGGCAUGAUCACUGUUCUCAUACGCAAGAGCACGCGGGUUGGAGCCCUGCCAGCGACAAUCAAUUUUUCAUUUCUAAAAAUGAUACGAGCCGUUUCACCGUGCCUCGGAGAGUACGUUAAGCCGUCGGUCCCCCUGGGCUAGUGUUCAUUGACACUAGUUACUUAAAACAGGGUUAUAGAUGUAAAUGGCGCCGGAACAAUCCGAAAGGAUUUCCUCGGCAAAAAUGCCAUACGAUAUUAUUAUUAUGGCAUUAGGUACAAAAAGGCGAGUAAAACGUAAAGUGUAUAUUUGAGACCAAAAAGGUUUCGGAGAAAAAGAGCGUAAGUGUAUAUUUUGAGACGCCCGAGUAAUAAAUCGUCUAAUACAAUAGCAAUAGAAAUUAAAUUUUCGUUUUUGGUGAAGCAUGUGGUGUCUUUGAAAGGUACUACUGUUAGAUGUAUCUUUUGUUAAAGGCAGCAUGCUUUUCUGUUUGAAUAUCUACCCAAGUUAUGGAAAAAAGCCAGUGUUAACUAUGAAAACAGGUCAAUUUACUGAGAACUAUGGUUUACCGCACAGAAAACGAUCAUUAGUAAUGACAAUGACAGUAUCUCCUCCCGCUUACAGUAAUGAUGUGCCGAAAUCAGAAAAUCCGGAUUCGUAUCAUUACUGUUCGUCAUUCCAACUUUCUCUUCUCAACCUUACACAAUCAUUAUUAAUGUCAUUCUGAUAAACUCAUGUCAUUAUUAAUGACCGUGUAAGGCCCCUUUUAUAUAACUUCAGCUUUGAAAUAAACCAAAAGAUCAUAAAUACUCAAAACUUAUUACUUCCUAUCAGAUUUUAGCUACGUAAGUCGACAGUGUGUUUAUAUUUUCAUAUUAAGAAAGUUCAUAUCAAGCGUUUAUUAUUAAUUUCCUUUGAAGAUGGAAAAGCUGGCUAUAUUCCAUUCAAAUGUGCAGGUAUGUAUUAUGUAAAUAGAUUUUUAGCUUUCUGCAAAAGCUGUUUGAUUUUUUUGAUGACAUUAACGCCGCACAUUAUAAUGCACAAAUUGUUGCUAUGUUUGGUAUUACACUCACUGGCAAAAUUAACCGCCCACCUUAAAAAUGGGUCAUGUUUGAUGCCUCGAAUUUCCUAAGCCUGUUUUAGGAUUUAAGUGAUUUUUUAAUAUGUUAUAGUCUUAUUCUUUAAGAAUAUCGCUGUAAUAAUGCUGCUAGACAGGUAAAUUGUCUUUGUAUAUCGGGUAUACCAAUCAAACUGUAUUUUUUUUAAGUUCGCAUCACCCUGUGGAAUAUUCUAGCAUUUACAAAACACUGAAAUUUAAACCCAACUAUAGCCUCAACAUUCUGUUUUUUUAUUCAUUCACUUAUUGGACCACAAAAAAGUUAGGUACGUUAACAACUAGCCAUGUAUUGAAUCAAUACAGGUUGUUUUUAAAUAAGUAUGGCAAACUUUUAGGGGUAAUUUUGCAUGAAAAAAUAAAGACAGUUUUCUUUAUAAACGUAUUUCCGCAAAUGCUUCAUUUCCGAGAUAGGGGAUGUUGAAAUUUUUCUUACAAACUGACAAUUUAUUUAUUGCUCUAAAACCGGUUGAGAUAUGCAAAUGAAAUUUGGUAGGUUUUAAGACGUAGGUAAUAUGACCAGUAUGCACGCCAAUGGCGGAUAUAAAGUUCUUAAUUGUAUAUCAAAAAAUGCACAAUAACUACAGUAUUUCUCAUGAUCAUCUUUCAGUGCGUCACAGUUUUUCGAUUUCUUUCUAACGCAUUCAAUUGUAUGUGACAGAAAAAAAGGCACGUCGGUGAUUACAUUUCGUCGGUGACAUUUUUAUAACAUUUAUUCUAGUUAUUCUAGUUGUCGAUAGAUGGCGCCAUAAUAAAAUAAUUUUUAUUUUAAUUAGAUAAUAAUAUUACAAAUAUAAUCUGUAUAAUUUAUAAGACUAUACAAAUCAAAGAAAAUACCAUUUUAUAAAUGCAAGAAACAUAUUUGAUUUGUUUUUAUUCCAAAUUGAAAAUAGAAUGUGACAACUGUCAGAUUUAACUAAAAUGUCAUGUUAGAAUAAAUGUCAUAAAUGUGUAUUAUCACGGACUUACCCUUUUUCCUAUCAUUUGUUACGCACUGAAAAAUGAUCAUGAAAAGGACAAUACGUCUAAAGCCCACCAAAUUUCAUUUGCAUAUCUCAACCGGUUUUAGAGCAAUAAAUAAAUCGUCAGUUUGUAAGAAUAAUUUCAACAUCCCCAUCUCAGAAGCGUUUGCGGACAUACGUUUAUAAAGCAAAUUCAUUAUUUUUUCAUGUAGAAUUACCCCUUAAAGUUUGCCAUACUUAUUUAAAAACACCCUCUGUUGAUAAAAAACAUGGCUAGUUGUUAAAGUACGUAACUUUUUUAUGGUCCAACAUAAGCGAAUGAAUCAAAAAAGAGAAUGUUAAGAAAACAUGAGGCUAUAGUUGGGUUUUAAUUUCAGUAUUUCAUAAAUGCUAGAAUAUUCCACAGGGUGAUGCGAACUUUGAGAAAAAACUCAGUUUGAUUGGCACACCCGGUGACCAUGUACCUGUUUAGCAACAAUAUUAUUACAGCUAUGUUAAAUAAUGCUAUAACAUAUUAAAAAAUAACUUAGAUCGGACAACAGGUUUAGGAAAUUCGAGAUUUCGAGAAAAUCGUAUUUUGUGCUAAAAAAAACUUACUAAUGGUAAUAAAUAAUGUUAUACAUUAUGAAAAAUUAUCUGCAUCGUUUGUUUGAGUGAAAUAUUAUGUUAUUUCUUUUUUUAUUUUUAUUUUUAUAAGAAAAUAUAAACACAUAAUAUAAAUGUGAUAUGCAUAGUUUAUGAUUGUGUCAUAGACUUAAAUGUGUAAGUCUUGAAAUAAAGAAAGUAUUUUGAUAAUAGUAA